CAUCAUUCGCCACCAACUAAACCACACACCGGACGAUCACUCACUGCAGAAGCAGAACGAAAGCUCAUCAGAAAACUUCUGAAUUUCGCUCCCGAAGAACAAAUUCGAAUCUCAAACCCCAUUUUAAUGGCAUAUUCUAUAUGUUCUUCCACACCCAUUUGCUCCUUCAAUGCCUCGGGCAAGCCCAAGCCUGGGGUUUUUGUUCGCAAUUUAGUGUCUCGGAAGGCUUUUCAGACAAAUGAGGCGUUUCAAAGAACAAACCCCAUUAGGAUUCUGUCUUUUGAGGUCAAGGCUUCAGGUGGUUCAGAUAGUAACCAACCCACCACAAAAUACAAAAGCAUACUUUGCCCUGAUUGCGAGGGAAAUGGUGCUGUUAAUUGUUCUCAGUGUAAAGGAACAGGAGUUAAUUCAGAGGAUCACUUCAAUGGACGGUUUAAAGCUGGUGGCUUAUGCUGGCUGUGCAGAGGCAAAAGGGACAUCCUGUGUGGGGGCUGUAAUGGAGCUGGCUUUGUGGGUGGAUUUAUGAGUACAGCUGAUAGUUAGUACUGUUAACUAUGAGUUAUCUUCAGCUGCAUCAGAAAAAGGAGUGUUUUCCAACCAAUUUUUAGUCUAUCUGAGAUGAAAAAAGCAUAUUAGUUUCAGUAAUUUUUUAUAAUGGGUUAAUUUCCAGGUCAGUAGUUGAACAUUCUGAAUGUUCUUCUGUUAUUUGCUAUUUAUUUUGUUGCAUCCUUUGAAGAUUUGAGAACUUUGAGAUGUAAUAUGUGACUAUACUAUGGCAUGACUUUAAGUUUUUAACCUGACCCGGUUAAAGUAUAUAUCUUUGACCAAAAUGUUAGAGGUUUGAAUCUUCACUCCUACAUGCCACAUGUUAUUGAACGAAUAAA